UGCAUAUGCAUGGCGAUGAGAUUGAUAGGAAGAAAUGGAUUCGCCUCAUCAUCAGAAUCGAAAAUGCGAUAUAAUGCAAGUUGAUAAUUCGUCUUUAUGCAAUUGCGUUGUUAACUUUCUAUUAGAAGAGAAUUACAUUCUAACUGCUUUUGAACUUCUCCACGAACUUCUCGACGAUGGACGUCACGAUCAAGCCAUUCGCCUCCAACAAUACUUCUCCGAUCCUUCUCGCUUCCCUCCCAAUCAAAUCUCUCGAUUCAAUUCUCUCCCAUCGGCAGAUCCUCAAACACUGCUUCAAUGUAAAGAAGAUGCCGAAGAAAAGUUAGCCAUAACAGAUUAUGAACUGCGUCUGGCACAGGAAGACAUUUCAAAACUGAAAGAGGAAUUGAAAACCAAAACAGAAGGCAUUAUUAUUGAUGCAACUACGAAUUCAAGUGGAGAUGUUUCGGUCAAUCGUGUUGGUACUGAGUUACAAACUCAACAACAAAAAGGGAAUAAUAAUGGUUCAUUUGCUGCUUUGGGUCCACUCAAGAAAAAUGAGCGGCGAGAUCUUAAUUUUGCUGUCAAGGAAUAUUUGCUUAUAGCUGGUUACAGACUCACUGCAAUGACAUUUUAUGAAGAGGUUACGGAUCAGAACUUGGAUAUUUGGCAGAAUACACAUGCACUAAUACCAGAUGCCUUGCGUCAUUAUUAUUACCAGUUUCUUUCAUCAACUUCAGAGGCUGCUGAGGAAAAAAUUGCCCAAGUUCUAGAAAAUGAAGCUUUGCUGAAGGAAAAUCAGAGCCUGAAUGAAGAAAAGGAGAGCAUGUUGAAGGACAAAGAUUUAGCUGAUGGUCAAAUAAGAGCUUUAACUAAAUCCUUGGAGGCACUGCAAGAAGACCUUAAACACAAAGAGAGCAUGGUUCAAGUUUUAAAGCAGUCCUUGGAGAAUCAAAGAAAGGAGCUCCAUGCUAGCAAAGCUCAGAUCAGUAAUCUGAAAAUGCAUACUAAACAGUUCGGUUCUGGAGACAAUCUGGCUGUGAAUGAUGUUGAUAAUACUUUUCCUGAGUCUUUAGAUAAAUACAAGGAAAAAAUUAAAAAAUUACAGAUAGAAGUUGAACGAUUGAAGGAAAAGAAUAGAGGAACUCCUGAGCGUAAUUUUUUUGGCAGUUCUGAUAAUGAAAUUAUGCAGACAGAAGACAAAGUUAUUGAGAUUCACGAGGACCAAGGUGCAAACUCUUAUCCUGUUGAUGCGGCGUUGGGUGUCAUACACAAUGAAGAUGCUCAAUCGCCAGUUCUUCAAAAUCUUAACGAGUUUGCUGAUAAACACACAGAUCCACAGCAAGCUUUAUUUAACCCUGCACUUACAAACACUGCUUUUGAAAAUAUUGAUAAUGUCUCUGAAAAAAAUGGGGGCAAGCAAGGAGGGGAUAACAGGUUACAUGGUAAACCAGAAAGUGAAAGUGAUGAAGAAAUAUAUGAGAAGAAGGCAAGUCCAUUCUAUUUGAACAAAUCCUCAAACGCCAUAACUUUUUGGUUUCUAGGAUUAGGAACCAUUCAGAUACUGGCAGAUGCUUUGCCUAAAAUUGUUCCUUAUGUCCUCAUCAACCAUCGUGAGGAGCUCCUUCCUCUAAUGAUGUGUGCAAUUGAGCACCACCCGGACAGCAGGACUCGAGAUUCUUUGACCCACACAUUAUUUAACUUAAUAAAGCGUCCUGAUGAACAACAGAGGCGGAUAAUAAUGGAUGCAUGUGUCAGCCUUGCAAAGAAUGUUGGAAAGAUGAGAACAGAAACAGAAUUGCUUCCUCAGUGUUGGGAACAAAUAAAUCACAUGUACGAGGAACGUAGACUGCUCGUUGCUCAAUCAUGUGGAGAACUUGCAGAAUUUGUACGCCCAGAAAUUUGCGAUUCUCUUAUUUUAUCAAUUGUGCAACAACUAAUAGAAGAUUCUGCCACUAUUGUUCGAGAGGCUGCGGCUCAUAAUUUGGCUAAGCUGCUUCCACUUUUCCCAAACACGGAUAAAUAUUUCAAGGUGGAGGAGUUGAUGUUCCAAUUGAUAUGUGAUCCCUCAGGAGUGGUGGUGGAAACUACUCUCAAGGAUCUGGUUCCUGCAGUUAUAAAGUGGGGAAACAAUUUAGACCACGUUUUGAGGGUUUUACUCUCUCAUAUUUUCAGCUCUGCACAGCACUGUCCACCUCUUUCUGCAGUUGAAGGGUGUAUAGAGUCACAUCUACACGUGUUGGGGGAAAGAGAGCGAUGGAAUAUAGAUGUUCUUUUGAGAAUGCUGGGGGAGUUGCUUUCUUUGGUGUACCAGAAAGCAAUUGAAACAUGUCCCUUCUUGUCCAACUUAGAAACUACACAAUUUGUGUUUUCUACCACAUUACUUGAAUUGUAUGCAAGAGGAAAUGUUGAAUGGGAUGUAUUUGAAUGGAUGCAUGUUGAGUGCUUUCCUAAAUUGAUACAGCUGGCUUGCUUGUUACCAUGGAAAGAAGAUAAUUUGCGAAGCCGAAUUUCAAAGUUUCUGUUAUCUGUUUCUGAAAGGUUUGGGGAUACCUAUGUCACAUGCAUAAUGCAACCUAUAUUUUUGACAGCAGUUGGGGAUGAGGCCGAUUUGACAUGUUUUCCUAGUGCCAUUCAUUCGAGAAUUAAAGGGUUAAGACCAAAAUCUGCUGUUGCGGAGAGGCUCUCUACAUCAUGUGUCCUACCACUUUUGUUAGCUGGUGUUUUGGGUGCACCUGGAAAACACAAAGAAUUAACAGAUUACUUGAGAAAACUGCUACUAGAAGACAAUUCCAAGGAAAAUCCAUCAACCAAACACACCCCUGAAAUUAUUAACGCUAUCCGCUUCAUUUGCAUACAUGAAGAAAACCAUGGUAUGAUAUUUGAUAUAUUAUGGGAAAUGGUUGUUAGUUCUAACGUGAACAUGAAAAUAACCGCUGCCAAACUUCUGAAAGUUAUUGUACCAUAUAUUGAUGCAAAGGUUGCCUCAACUCAUGCUUUGCCUGCCUUAGUUACUCUUGGAUCUGAACAAGACCUCAAUGUGAAGUGCGCCAGCAUUGAUGCAUUUGGUUCCGUUGCUCAACACUUCAAAAAUGAGAUGAUAGUUGACAAGAUACGUGUUCAAAUGGGUGCUUUUAUUGAAGAUGGAUCCCAUGAAGCUACUAUGGCUGUCAUUCAUGCAUUGGUGGUUGCCGUGCCUCAUACAACAGAACGGCUUAGAGAUUAUCUUUUGUCCAAGAUUGCUCAACUUACAACCGUGCCAGUUGCUACUUCAACUGACUUGAAGCGUCGGCAAGAAAGAGCCAAUGUAUUUUGUGAGGCAAUCCGUGCUUUGGAUGCUACAGAUCUUCCUGCAAACAGUGUUCGAGACUACCUCUUGCCUGCUAUACAAAACCUUUUAAAAGACUUGGAUGCACUGGAUCCAGCGCACAAAGAAGCCCUUGACAUUAUUAUGAAGGAAAGGUCAGGAUCAAAUUAUAGUAGUGUAAAUAAUAAGGUGACGGGUUCUCAUGGUGGGCUUGCAUCAUCAAUGAGCAACUUAUUUGGUGAGGGUGGCUUGCGUGGAAAGAAAGACAGUACAGACACGGUAUCAGAAAGAGUUGUGUCCCCCAGAGGUGUUGCGCCACAACCACCGGCGGAGGACACUAGAUUCAGGCGCAUCAUGCUGGGACAUUUCGGUGACAUGCUACGUGGCAAGGGAAAAACACAAGAGGAAACUCAGAAUCAAUAAGAUGCAUUAUGUCCUUGUAAUUACACCUAGUAUGUACAAGUUUUUUUUUUCUUUUUGUAAAAUACUUCAAUCAUUUCACAGCGAUCUUGUUUUGUUUUUGCGAUGAGUUGGAAAAUGUUCAUUUAAAGAAUAACAUAUUGCAGUUUUGUUGAAUUUUUCGCUUAUAUUGUUUACUAUGUUUUAUGAAGGAGAGGUGACUGUAUUGGAAAGUAAAGUUGAAUAUCUGAAUGGUUAAUUGAA